CCUCAUUUCGGAACCCCCGUCCUCCUGCUCAAUAGACGUCGGUGUGAUUCGCCACCGAAACCGGGAAGUAGACGCCAGAUAAAACAGCCCACUGCACCAUUUGUUUUAGCGACUCCGACAGUCAAAAGGAAGGCAACCCUAUCAACAAUGGCCAUGCCCGACCAAGCAACUAUGCAGGCGCUCAAGGACGUCGCCAACAAGCUGCGAAUUCACUCCAUUAAAGCAACAUGCGCCUCCAACUCUGGCCAUCCCACAUCCUGCUGCAGUGCAGCCGAGGUCAUGUCUGUGCUGUUCUUCCACACCAUGCGCUAUAAAGCUGACGAACCCGCCAACCCGUGCAAUGACCGCUUUGUGCUAUCCAAGGGGCACGCGGCACCAAUCCUGUAUGCCGCCUGGGCUGAGGCCGGUUUUGUGAAGGAGUCUGAACUCCUCAACCUGCGCAAGAUUGACAGCGACCUGGAGGGGCACCCCACACCAAAACUGCCUUUUGUUGAUGUGGCAACUGGAUCACUGGGUCAGGGCCUUAGUGCUGCCUGUGGGAUGGCAUACACUGGGAAGAUGUUUGACCGGGCCAGUUACCGUGUGUACUGUUUGCUGGGAGAUGGAGAGUGUUCAGAGGGUUCCGUGUGGGAAGCCAUGGCCUUUGCCGCCUACUACAAGCUGGACAACCUGGUGGCUAUCAUGGAUGUUAAUCGGCUUGGUCAGAGUGAUCCGGCACCCCUCCAGCAUCAAAUGGAUGUCUAUAAAAAGCGCUGCGAAUCCUUUGGCUGGAACACAAUUGUUGUGGAUGGGCAUGAUGUGGAAGCACUGUGUCAAGCUUUCUCGAACGCUCAGCAGAGUCGCGGCCAGCCCACUUGCAUUGUUGCCCGGACGCUUAAGGGAAAAGGCCUCAAAGGUAUUGAGGAUGAAUUGAACUGGCACGGAAAGCCCAUCCCCAAGGACACGGUGGAUGGAUUCUUGAAUAACAUACUGGGGCAAAUUCAAAAUCCCAACAAGACCUUGUGUCCUGAACUGCCCAAGGAUGACGUCACACCUGCCGACCAAAGAAUGAUCCCCCUGUCCGAACCUCCAUCCUACAAGAGCGGUGAAAAGGUGGCAACGAGGCGUGCGUACGGUCAUGCACUGGCCAAGCUGGGCCGAUCAAGCAGCAGAGUGGUCGCCCUCGAUGGGGACACCAAGAAUUCCACGUUCUCCAUAACCUUCCAGAAAUCUUUCCCGGACCGCUUUAUCGAGUGCUUCAUUGCUGAGCAGAACAUGGUGGGAGUGGCAAUUGGCUGCGCAGCUCGUGACCGCGCUGUGGUAUUUGUCAGCACGUUUGCUGCCUUCUUCUCCAGAGCCUAUGACCAGAUCCGAAUGGGAGCCAUUUCGCAGUCCAAUGUCAACUUUGUGGGGUCCCACUGUGGCGUUUCCAUUGGUGAGGAUGGUCCUUCUCAGAUGGCGCUCGAGGACCUGGCCAUGUUCCGUGCCAUCCCUACUUGUACGGUGUUUUACCCCAGUGACGCAGUGGCCACAGAGAGAGCUGUGGAGUUGGCAGCGAAUACAAAGGGGAUGUGUUUCAUCCGAACCAGCAGACCAGACACGCCAAUCAUCUAUUCUGCUCAGGAGCCUUUUGAGCUUGGUGUAGCCAAGGUUGUGCGCCAGUCUAACAAUGAUCUUGUGACUGUGAUUGGAGCUGGUGUCACUUUGCAUGAGGCUCUGGCUGCUGCUGACAUGCUGCAAAGUGAAGGGAAAAACAUUCGUGUGAUUGAUCCAUUCACUAUCAAGCCUUUGGAUGCCGACACCAUUUUGGCCAGUGCAAAAGCCACAGGGGGACACAUCAUCACAGUGGAGGACCACUACAAGGAGGGUGGUCUUGGAGAGGCGGUCUUGUCGGCGGUGGGCCACGAGCAGGGCAUUGUAGUGACCCGGCUGGCAGUCACCAGCGUUCCUCGCAGUGGGAAGCCCCAGGAGCUCUUGGACCACUACAACAUCAGCGCGAAGCAUAUUGCCAACACUGUGCGCCAGAAAUUUGCCAACUGAUGAGACUGCACCUUCUUCAGCUUGUUAUCAUGCUCAGCUUUUUUACCCGACUUGUUCCAGCAGUCUUGUAGGUGCCUGUUAACUCGUCUGUUUCCAGAGCCAGUCUACUUGUGAUCUCGUUAUUGUUUGCAGACAAACUUAUUUGUUACCUCUUCACAUUCUACUACUGUAUAUGCAAAACAUUUCUUUGCUUCACACUGUUGAAUGAAUAGUUCGUUUUUAGAAAGCUUCCAAAUUUGUUUACUAUUCCAAAACCCAACAAAAUGUUACUGGUAGUCUGGUGUGCUGAAUUAAACAUGCUUAACACAG